CAGGCUCCUUGUCCGUCUUGGUGACCUCUGUGGCCUAGGCCCCACACAGUGUCUGGUGCACAGCAGAUGUUCCAUGUCCACUUGUUGCACGGACACAUGACACGUGGAGAGUGGGAUAGCUGACCUGUGCUGGUGGCGGCAGUCCUCUCCAGCACAGGACCCCGAGGAGGCUUCAUGGAGGUGGUGGCAUUUGAGCUGGGCCUCGUAGGAUGGGUAAGAUCUCCUCUGGGGGAGAGGGAGGAGCGGGGGCUGCGUUCCUGGUAGAGCCAGCAGCUUCAGAAGAGACACAGAAAGGCCAGGCUUGUUUAGAGGAAGAGCAAGUGGCCUUGACUGGCUGGAGCAUGGAGUAAAGGGGAUCGGGUAGGAGGAUCAGAAGCAGGGGUUUGUUACCCACACCAGCUAGAUAUGGGCCCAAGGUGGGAGGUUCAGAGGAAGGAGACCAGAAUGUGAGAAGCCCCGGGUUCUAGAAGCCUAGAACAAUCAGACUGGAUCCAGAGAAGCUGUCGACUCUGCCCCCACUUUGGUGGGAGUGUUGGUGCUGGUUGAGUGCAGCAGUCCUCGGAGGGUGUGAAAUUGGGGCAUGAAAGCAUGGACUUUCUAGAGGGGUCAGCAACAGGAAGAGGAUGAGGACCCUCGGCCCAAGGCCCUGAAGGCUGAGUAUCCAGCGGGAUGCCGGGUCUACUGAACCAGAUCACGGGGGCAGCCCUGCCCCUCACCGCGUCCGAUGUCACCUCCUUUGUCAGUGGUUACGCCCUGGGUCUGACCGCCUCCCUCACCUAUGGCAACCUGGAAGCCCAGCCCUUCCAGGGCCUCUUUGUGUAUCCACUGGAUGAGUACACCACGGUGAUCGGCUUUGAGGCCGUCAUUGCCGACCGUGUCGUGACGGUACAGAUCAAGGACAAAGCCAAGAUGGAGAGUGGCCACUUCGAUGCCAACCGCAUCCGAACCACAACUGUCACAGGAAACAGUCCGCAAGAGGGGGUGUCCGUCACCCCUCGUUCCUUCACACCGGGAAAGGUGGCUUUGGAUGAGGAUUUGGAGCGGAUCCUGUUCGUGGUCAACCUGGGGACCAUCGCCCCCAUGGAGAACGUCACCAUCUUCGUCAGCACCUCGUCGGAGCUCCCGACGCUGCCCAGCGGGGCUGUGCGGGUCCUCCUGCCUGCUGUCUGCGCCCCGACCGUGCCCCAGUUCUGCACCGAGAGCACUGGCUCCUCCAACCAACAGGCCGCCGGCAAAGACAGGCAUUGCUUCGGGACCCAGGCCCCGGACCCCUGGAACAAGCUGUGCCUGGCAACUCUCCUGGACACCGAUGUGUCCAACCCCAUGGAAUAUGAGUUCAACUUCCAGCUGGAGAUCCGUGGGCCGUGCCUGCUCGCAGGGGUGGAGAGUCCCACCCACGAGAUCCGAGCUGAUGCCGCCCCGUCUGCACGCUCGGCCAAGAGCAUCAUUAUCACGCUGGCCAACAGGCACACCUUCGACCGGCCCGUGGAGAUCCUCAUCCACCCCAGCGAGCCCCACAUUCCACAUGUCCUGCUGGAGAAAGGGGACAUGACCCUGGGGGAGUUUGAGCAGCACCUGAAGGGAAGAACAGAUCUCAUGAAAGGGAUGAAGAAGAGCAGCAGCGCAGAGCGAAAGACAGAAAUCAUCCGGAAGCGUCUCCACAAGGACAUCCCCCACCAUUCUGUCAUCAUGCUCAACUUCUGUCCUGACCUCCAGUCAGUCCAGCCCAACCUGAGAAAGGCCCAUGGCGAGUUUAUCUUCCUCAUUGACAGGAGCGGCAGCAUGAGUGGAACCAACAUCCUCCUCGUCAAGGAUGCCAUGCUGGUGGCUCUUAAGAGCCUCAUGCCAGCCUGCCUCUUCAAUGUCAUUGGGUUUGGAUCCACAUUUAAGACACUCUUCCCUUCCAGUCAGACCUACAGUGAGGAGAGCUUGGCCGUGGCCUGUGACAACAUCCAGAGAAUGAGGGCUGACAUGGGUGGCACCAACAUCCUCUCCCCGCUCAAGUGGAUCACCCGGCAGCCAGUGCACCGAGGCCAUCCGCGGCUUCUCUUCUUGAUCACAGACGGGGCGGUCAACAACACUGGGAAGGUGCUGGAGCUGGUGCGAAACCACGCCUUCUCCACCAGGUGCUAUAGUUUUGGAAUUGGACCCACUGUCUGCCACAGACUGGUGAAAGGGCUGGCAACCGUGUCCAAGGGCAGUGCCGAGUUCCUGGCGGAAGGAGAGCGGCUGCAACCCAAGAUGGUCAAAUCCCUGAAGAAGGCCAUGGCCCCAGUCCUGAGUGAUGUGACUGUGGAGUGGGUCUUCCCUGAGACCACCGAGGUCCUGAUCUCACCUGUCAGCACCAGCUCCCUCUUCCCUGGAGAACGGCUGGUGGGUUAUGGCAUUGUGUGUGAUGCCUCCUUAUACAUCUCCAACCCCAGAUCUGACAAGAGGAGACGGUACAGCAUGCUGCACUCUCAGGAGUCUGGCAGCUCUGUCUUCUACCAAUCACAGGAGGGGCCUGGCCCGGACAGCAGAGACUGUCCCAAGAGCUUGGAGGCACCCUUCAACCUGAGGCAAGCCAAAGAUGCCCGGUCGUCCAGUGGAGACUCAGCCACCAAUCCUGGUUUAGACCUCUGCCAGCGACGGCGGGCAUAUAGCACCAACCAGAUCACCAACCACAAGCCCUCGCCAAGGGCCCCCACAGCUAGCGACCCCACGGUGGCUGCCAGGAGAUACCCACUGAGGAAAGCCAAGCUGCAGGACCUCACCAACCAGACCAGCCUGGAUGCCCCUCCGCGGCAGAUUGAUUUGCAGCUCUUGCUGUCCAGUGGCCCAGGCCUAAGCCAGGGCCCCAAACUCCGGGGCCCAGGGGCCCGCAGGCCCUCACUACUGCCCCAAGGCUGCCAGUCCUCUGGCCAGGACACUCAGCCCCGGAGCCCCAUGAAAGAGCUGGAUCUUGGGUCCGGCCUGAAGCCUGCCUCAGACAGCCACAGCCCUGGGGACCUGGAGCCGUCCCAUCACCCCUCCGCCUUCGAAAUGGAGACGUCCUCGGACUGGGAGCCCCCGGCUGAGUCCGAGGAGCAGGCCAGUCCCGGCAGGCCCGCCACCCCAGGCCCGGUGUUGGGCAAGGCCGUGGUCAAAGGCCUGCGUGACAGCCAACGUUUGCAGUGGGAGGUGAGCUUCGAGCUGGGGCCCCCCGGCCCCGAGCCAGGCGGCGCGCGCGACGCCGACCUGUGGAGCGAGACUUUCCACCACCUGGCGGCCCGCGCCAUCAUCCGCGACUUCGAGCAGCUGGCGGAGCGCGAGGGCGAGAUCGAGCACGGGUCCAGCCGCCGCUACCAGGUGAGCGCUGUGCACACCAGCAAGGCCUGCAAUGUCAUCAGCAAGUACACAGCCUUCGUGCCUGUGGACAUGAGCAAGAGCCGGUACCUGCCCACCGUGGUGGGGUACCCCAACUCCAGUAAGGCAGGUGCGGCUUUGCGGAUGACCAGCUCUCGGGUCCUGAGCCGACGGUGGACGGGCCCCUCUGCUGGCUUUGGACGGUUGCAGACCACGCUUGUGGAAGCCUCGGCAGCAGGAGAUGGCCAAUGGCAGAGCCCAACUGUGAAGGAAGGCCCCAGUGGGCCCUUCAGCGAGACCGUGUCCCCAGGACGUGAGAGCUACGCUGCCUCUGAAGGUCCACUGCGCAGCCUGGCCACCAAUACCCUUUCGUCCUUAAAGGCCUCAGACACUCUCUUUGGAUCCAGGCUAAAUCUGAACAAGUCCAGGCUGCUGACGCGGGCGGCCAAGGGCUUCCUGACCAAGCCUCUGACCAAGGCUCCAGAGCCAAGCCCGGGGAGCCCAAGCUUCAACUAUGUCCCGCUGGUGUCUCUGCAGCUGGCCUCCGGAGCCUUCCUGCUCAACCAAGCCUUCUGCGAGGCCACCCACAUCCCCAUGGAGAAGCUCAAGUGGACCUCGCCCUUCACCUGCCACCGCGUGUCCCUCACCGCCCGCCAGCCCGAGUCUAAGACCCUCAGUCCUCAGCCAGGCACCAGCCCCUCACCUCGGCACGCCUCCUGUGACAGCCUCUCCACGGAGCCCCUGGCGGAGGGCAAGCCAGGCUGGGAGCCCGGGGCUGUGACAGAACUCACGGGGAAGCUGUGGGCCACGGUGGUGGCACUGGCGUGGCUGGAGCACAGCUCGGCCUCCUACUUCGUUGAGUGGGAGCUGGUGGCCGCGAAGGCCAACUCGUGGCUGGAGCAGCAGGAGGUGCCCGAGGGCCGAACGCGGGGCACGCUCAAGGCUGCUGCCCGCCAGCUGUUCGUGCUGCUGCGGCACUGGGACGAGAACCUGGAGUUCAAUGUGCUCUGCUAUCACCCGAAUUACGUGUAGUGGGGACGAAGGGAGGCUGGGGCGGGGGAGGAGAGGACGGGACCCUUUGGGCCUAGUAGCGGGGACUUCUGAAGCUGUAGUCAAUAUACUGGUUGCUAGAAAGAGCCCUGGACUGGCAACUGGGGAGGCCUGAGUUCAAUCCCACCUCGCCAUGCAACUUUAGGCCAGCCCCUGCCCCCUGUCUGGGCCUCAGUUUCCCCACCUGUAAAUUAAGUGGGCGAGCUGAGGGAGUUGGACCAGAUCUCUAGAAAGUUCAAAGGUUCCUUUCUGCCUGGACACGCGGGCAGCUGUGGGGUUUACUGCCACUCGGGGUGGAGGGAGAGAGUGCAGUUUAAGCCUGAGUUCUCUCUGGAGGAAGAUCACAUGGACAGAGUCCCCCUCAAAAAAAAGGGUGGAUGAGCGAACCCAAAGAUUGCAGGUAACCAGACCCUCAAGCUUGCGUCUAGGCAUGGGGAGACCACCUCUGCCUGCUGCAUUGUGGGGCACGCACUUGUCUCCAUGGUGACGGUCCAGGGCCCCUCAAUCCCAUUACAAACCGACUGGAGGGUCAUCCUUCCCAAUGCUUUGCAGAAGUGCCACCCGGGGCCUUUUCCUUUGGCUUGGAAGCCCUUAGUAUAUUUCAGUAUCUGUUUGCAGAUUAUCUGUGACCCGCAUCUAAGAAGAGCUCAUGGGCAGGACAAGGGGAGACACCCUGCGAGCCACGGUGUUAGAAUUAAGGCACAGUUUGUGCAAAAAUAGUCUAGAAAGAAUAGACAUGGUCACAGAAAGUGGAGAAACCAGACGACACCUUGAAUAAUUUACACACUUUGGGGAAUUGCGUAACACGAAAUCUAUCUGCUUGUGCCGAGGGGCUAGAGAGGCAGCCAGUGUCCGCUGCAUUCUGGGAUAGUGGGGCCAUCUCUAGCCAUGCGACACUGUGGGGGACAGGGACCUUCUGUGCAACAGAGAACCAGGCUUGGCUGCAGUGCCUCUGGGGAGGCAGCCUCAGCGGGAGGCAUGAUUUAUUCAAGGAAAUGAAAGAUUCCUGAAGCUUCAAAGCAGAGAGCCCUUGGGGACUUCCCUCUCUCAGGCCCACCAUGUGACACCACGUGGUGACAGGGGUGUCACAGCCUCAGAUUCCCUCAUGGCUGGUGCCAGUCACCUCUGCCCCAAAGACUCUCCUCCUGGAGGUGGGUCUGGCCCUCACCAAGGAAGCCCACCAAUUUGGGAUGCCAGGCUGCCCCGCUCUCCCCCUCUGUCCAGGGGCUGAGGGAGAGAGGCGUCCAGCAGAACGCCCACUGGGUAUGGAGAAAAGGCAGCCCCACCAGGAUGUGGUCCCCUGCCCCACACACAGCGCACCCCUGAGGCAGAGCCGUGCCCUGCCCUCCUGCUGUGCUGCGAAAUCUCCCAGGAGCGCCUCUUGCCAACCAGCCCCCCCAAGGCUCCCACAACAAGCUGCUGGUCCAUCCCUAAGGCGGGGGAAGGGGCUGGAGGCUUGCCAUCUGCUGACUGCUCUGCUCUGCGUCAGACUCCGCCUCAGGGAGGAAUCCAGCCGGGCAGUCACCAACACCAUGGCCACCGCGGCCCCUGGUGAAGCAGCAUGCCAGUCUGGGGUGUUGGCCCAAAGUCAGUGCCACGGAGAUGGAUAGGGCUUCAGGCUCUCUUGCUCGAGGCCUCUAGCAGGUUUGAGGACAGCCUUAUAUGCCUGCACGCCGCCUCCCCUGAGAAGAACGCUCCUGCAGCUAUGCAGCCCCAGCUUCAGGGCGUGGAGGGAGGGGUGUGGCAUCGCUUCCUUGGCCCCCCAGUAAUGGAAAUAUUGUCAGGUGGAGAAGUGGAACGCCUGGCACUAGUUUGGGCAAGUGGCUUCCCCUCUCUGGGUGCCCUGGAGCUGGGGGCUUCCCUGUGCCCUGACAUUCCCAGAUUCUCUGCCUCUGAGAUGUUUUCCAGCUAGCGACCCCGGGCUUGCUCUAAUCGUCAGUGUGACCUGAGCAUGUCACGUGUGCUCUCUGGGUCUCGCUCCUCCUCUAGCACGGCCAGGUUGGACUGGGCUGCCCAGCCUCCCGACUCACCUGAUUCUGGGUCUCCAGGCUCAGUGUGGACAACGACCAGGGCUCAAGGGGGCCCAGCACCUGCCCAGGGUGGAACUAGUGCUGCAAGACGCCUGGAAGGAGUAACCGAGGAACGCAGUGAGGGGGCGGCACACCACCCGCCUUCUCCCAGGACCCUCCUCGGAUCCUGCCCCAGGAGCAGCUGCUGGAGCUCUGGGCAAUUUUGAUGCACGUGUGAAUUGCUGACCACACGUUCUCUGGCUCCCCUGCCCAGCACCCAAAGGUGCAGAGGACAAAUCCUCAUUGAUUUCAAAUAAUCCAAGGGCUUGGGAACAUCUGGCCAAGGGCAUUGUUGAAAGAGCUUCAGUAGUAGUGAGAUGACGUGCGUUCUUAGAAAUCUGCCAGGCAGAGGAGCAAAGGGACUAGCUUUAAGUAAAAGAUAAGAGCCUCAGGUAAUUGGCACAGGCAUUGCAGCUGAAGCGGUUCCAAAGGUUCUCAGGUGAAACGUUGCCCCUGUGAUUGGGGUUAAUUUGGAUUAAUCCGAAUUCCUUGUUAAACUAGCCCUUGCUUUCUAAGUUAUGCAAAGGGACAUUUACGCCCUGCCCAGCUGAAGAGUCAGGAGAGUACAGAUGCCUAGUGGCAUGUCCAACAGAGCCUGGCCUUCAGUGGGAAGAACACUGAGCUGAGACCUGGGGAAUUUAAGUGUUGGUCCAAACUCCACCACCAGGGUGCUGUGUGACUUUUGGCAAAUUGCUGGCUUUCUCUGGGCCCCAGUUCAUCUUUUGUAGAAUGAUCAGGUUACACUAGAUUAGCACUUCCAACACUAUUCCUUGGUCGAUAUGUGAAUUAACAACUCAUGGGCAAAAACAUCAGGGAAUCACAAGACAGAGUUCUUUAGGUCAGUUCAUGAAUGUGCAAAUGUGUAUUGUCAGUAAUUCAGAAGAUCACUCUCCCCAGGUUAUCCUUUGGGAAAAGGCUGGUCCAGAGCUCCCUUAGGGUUCUUCGGACACUAACAUUCAAAAAGCCUUUAUUGAGUUCCUACUGUAUGCCAGGCACAGUGGGGAAGCCAAGUGAAUAUAGGUGGUGUUCCUGUCGUUUUUGGAGCUUGGGGAGGAGCAUUUGAAGAAUGCCUGCUCCAUGUACCAUUUCCCCACUUCCUGGUGUUCCCAGUGGGUGUGUUUGGCCACAUCCCCAGCUUGUGGUCCCGCCAUCUGUGGGUGUGGGCUAGACACCAUGGGCACUAAUGGGCCGACCCUGGAGCUUCCUGACUUUCGUGACGGUGUCAGUAAAGCUGGCCACAGUGGCCCUGCUCUUGUGUGGCCAAAGGAGAGGCAGUAGGGGACUCUGGCAGGAGCUCCUGCUGUGGGACCCCUGGUCCAGGGGAGCAGGGGGGUCCCUGCAACAAAGCACCCCAAGGUCCAACCUCCGGCCACACACAGGCAGAGUCUUCUCUCUGAGCCCCCUAGCCAAGGAGACUAACGGCAGAUCCCGGCAAAACUGGGCCCCCCCCUUAGGCAAACUUACCCUGGACUCGUAAAUAAGCAGCUUCAGUUUCCAGCCAGCACUGUCUUUUCCCAGCCUGUCCCUGCCUGUGGACACAACGAAUGCCACCCACUGUCCUCCACUGUUGUGACUGCUGAAGGCAGUAGCUGGUUCCGAGAUGAGCUGCUGGUGGGUUUUCACCCGCUCCUCAGGUGUUUGAGAAAGCAAGGGUUCCUCUUCCUCCCUUCCAGCUGGUUCGCUGGAACAGCUAUCAGAAAAGGUUUCUGGAAGUUUCCUCUAAAUCCUGACUUGCCCCUGUUGGUCCCGACCUUUAUCUGAAGGCUGUUUCUUCCUCUCUCCGCUACUGUUCCCCUUCUCUCUUCCUUGGCAGGGACUCCCGAUGAGAGGAAGUGAGGGAAGGGGUCUCCCCCAAUCUGUCUGCAGGCUACCCCUGGUGACUGGCCACCCGUAACCUGCCCGGCUGGAACCUGUGACCCUCCAGCACCUGCCAUUGGGGGCUCCAAUGCUGUCCUCACUACUUGCCUAUUGGAACACCUCCAAGUGGUCCCCAAACACAAAUGCAUCCUUAGCAUCCUGGGAAAGGAAGGAAAAGAGCAUUGCUACCCAGAAAUGGGUUGUGUGUUCACUGCCAUGGUGUUUGGAAGAUUUUUUUUUUUUACCCUAGAUUUUUUAUCUAGCAGGGAGUAGGGAAAUCAACAAGAACCAAAAAAAAAUGGGCACAUUCCUCAGCUGUUGCACACUCCACAGAGCCCACGUCAAAAUAACCAGGGCAGGGGCAUGAGCAGCAUUUUGCAGCUGGAUAAUCUGAUCCGCAGAGAUCUGUCCUGAGGUCAGGAGCUUGGCAGCAUCUCCUGGCCAGGCCCCAGCCCCCUCCGAUGGCGCUCCCUGGCCCCCGUGCUCACCCGGCCCCCAGCCUGUGGACUUCAGCCUCUCGACAGCAGCGCCUCCCCAGCCACCUGACAAAGUGGAUUUCUCCUGUUCAUGCUGCAACUCUCCUUGGCCCGGAGCCAGCUGUCUUGAGCUUACAGCCGCUUCCCAAGGCAAAGUGCCCCGUCUCCAUGUGGUCGAAUGUGGUGACACACACAAUGUAGUUUCACUCUUUGCCCAGGUGGCUUUGGCUCAAGUAGCAUGGCCGGUGCUUGUCCCCCUCAGAGCCUCAAGUGCCUACAAUGUGCUGUCCCCUGCCCUUGCCUGAUCACCCAUAAUGUCCCCAUGAAGCCUGUGCCACUUCUUGUUCUUGGAACAUACGUCGGCUUUUUGCCCAGUAGCUGGUAAAAGUCCUGGACAUCAGCCAUCUCAUGUCCACCCAUAAUUAGCAAGUCACACCCCCAGCUGUCUGUGUGUGUCUGUGCUCAAGGGAAUGGCUUCUCUGUAACAGUAGCUUCUGUUCUCUCCUAAGCUUUUAGCUCAUAAAAACUGCUGAACCUGACGGUA